AUGAGGCACUUGAUCAUCCUAGAUGGCAACAAGCCAUGGUUGAUCAUUAAGAAUGCAUUUACUAAUGGUGAUCUAGAAGAGGAGAUAUACAUGGAGCAACCUCCUGGGUUGUUGAUCAAGGGAGGGGGGUCUGGGUUAGUUUAUAAAUUACGUCGUUCUCUCUAUGGCUUGAAGCAAUCACCUCGAUCUUGGUUUGUUGGAGUUGUGAGUCAAUUUAUGCAAAAUCCACAUGUUGACAAUUCGAAUGCAAUGAUUCACAAUGCAAUGAUUCACAAUGCAAUGAUUCACAUUCUCAUAUACGUAAAAGGAAACCCAAGAAGAGGAUUGUUGUAUGAGAACAAGGGAAACACUCAAAUCGAAGGAUAUUGUGAUGUAGAUUGGGUUGAUUGUCCAAUUGAUCGAAGAUCUACUAUAGGAUACUGUGUUUUACUUGGAGGGAACCAUGUAUCUUGGAAAACGAAGAAACAAAGUGUUGUUGCUCGAUCUAGUGCUGAAGUUGAAUAUUGA